GGUCUGCCAUAUCAGAUAUUAUUAGUGGUGAUAUGUUAUAUAUGGAGGUUCUAUAUAAAACUUUAUUGGUAUAACGACAUCAUGACAUGAGUUUAGUCCGCGCCUUCGUUUCCUCUGAUGCCUUGCUCAAGGAAGAAACCAAGGACCAGAAGGAACAUCAUGGCUCAGGGGAUACCAGAUGACGAACUGGCGGCGAUAAAGGUCCGGAUCUGCCUGGAAGAACUGAACGAGAGAGAGACUGAGAGAGAUGGCCAGAUCCAGUAUAUCAGAGACUGGAUCACGAAACACAAGUGGAUAACAUGCAGGACAGAUGACGCGUUUAUCCUGCGGUUCCUGAGGGUGGCCAAGUAUAUCAUUCCCAAAGCUCAGAAAAGAAUCGAGAACUUCUGCAAAGUCAGGAGCUCCGAGACUGAUGGAGAACCGCAGUGGUUUAAUGCUGAAUUUACGGAGAAGAAGACGAUGGACUAUCUGAGAAAGGGAUGGGUCUACAAGCUUCCGGGACUGGACGAAAAGGGCCGAAUUGUGGUCAUGACAAAGUUCGGUGUCAUCAAACCUAAAGGCCUCGACACCGACGCUCUGUUCCGCAGCUCCUGCCUGUUCUUCGACUGGCUCCUUCAGUUCGAGGAAUGCCAGAUCGCAGGCCUCAUCUUCAUCGAAGAUGCGGCGGGCAUCUCCUUGGACCACAUGACCAAAUUUCCCCAUGAUCUCAUGAAGAGGUCCAUGUCCAUUUGGCAGGACGUGUCCCCCAUGCGGCUAAAAGAACUUCACUACAUCAACAUGGCGAGCUUUAUGAAUGCAUUCAUGGAGAUAUUUAAAAAGCUGGCUCCGAAAUACGGAGAAAGGAUGAAAAUCCAUUGGAAGCCAGAGGAUAUCUUUAAAAAGAUCCCGAAACGUAUGCUCCCGAAGGAAUAUGGCGGAGAUGCGGGCACAAUUAAAGAUCUUGUAGAUGCUUCAAUUGACGGUAUCGUAAAGAGCAAGGGUGAAUUGGAUUCACUAAGGACUUGCGCAGUUGAUGACUCGAAGCGGCCGAAGGAUAUCCCAGAGGGUGACGGAUGGGGAAUGGUCGGAUCAUACAGGAAGAUCAACACUGACUAAAAAACCGCCCAUGUGUAUGAUAGAUGAAGGUACGGUUUAGCGGCAGAAAUACGUGCUUACAUCGAGAGGAAAUAACAUCAGUAAAAGAGCUGACAACCUGCUGUUUUAUUUCGGGGCGCGUAAUGCCACACCAUAGACUUCUAUACAAUGUUGGUUCGUCUAUACACAGAGCUUAGUGCGAAGAUAUUCGCGUGCGUU